AUGGAAGACGACUUUAGUGUGGAAAAGCCCCGGAUCGCCAGGCUUACAGGGCCUAAUUAUCGGCCCUGGAGCGUUCAGGUACGUAGGCUUUUGAUUGGUCAAAGCCUAUGGAACGUGGUUAGCCUAGGGGUAGAAACUGUAGAACCGGGUUCUACAGGGGGUUCUGGUUCUGGAGAUGGGAGCGAUCCUAAGGCCUCAGGGCCUUCCAGUGAUCGUACGGAGGUGAAGGACGCUAAGGCGAGCACUAUAAUCAUGAGUUUAUGUGCUCAGGGAGCCUUACAGCAUAUAUUACUCCUUGGAACGGCCAGGGAGCAAUGGGAUGCACUGAAAGCUUUAUAUGCCCCCCUGGGCAUGCAGCAGCUUAGUACUAAAAUUCAGGCUUUUACUAGCUAUAAGCCACCGGAACGGGGUGCCACUGUUGCUGUGGUAGCCACGGAAUUGAGUACUUUACAGUACGAAAUCGGUACCAUCGAUCCUACGGAAAAGCCCUCUGACGCCCUCAAAAUAUCGAUCCUUUUUGGGGCCAUUAGGGCACUGGAUGAGCGCUUCGCUCCCCUGAUAUUGCAGCUUGAGAUUAGUGGGAGUACCACUGAUUAUAGUGCAAUAAUAGCUCGCUUCAGUGAGCACGAACGGAGAAUGGGACCAAAAGAAGCCCUAAAGGAAUCUGUUUUACUAGCUAAAACAGGGGAAAAGAGCCCUAAAUUUCAGGGGAAGUGCUUUAAAUGUGGUAAAUAA